AUGGACAUCUUGGUGAAGACUUACCAGUGCGUUGGCACCUAUUCUUGGAUUGCGAUGCGCGACAGACUCCAUGACCUCAAACACCGGAGGAACAUCAGAUCGUUGAGUCAAUUGUUUGAGGAAUACGAUCUGAUUGUUCGGGAGCUUGAGCGCAUGGGUGCAAACAUCCCGGCAGAUGAAAAGAUCCACGCGCUGAUCUCGGCGGUUCCCAACGAUUACAACCAUGUUAAAGAAGCAUUGACCGUUCUACCGAUUGCGGACCUUUGCGCGAAACCGAUACUGGAGCUGAAAAGAAUGUUCCUGGACGCAGAGCUAGCAUUUCAAAGUCGAGGGGACUUUCCAACAAGGAAUUCAGCACCAAACUCCGUGAUGAAGGCCAGAAAGGCGGAGAAGAUAAUUUGCUUCGGGUGUGGCGAACCGGGGCACUACAAAAAUCGUUGCCCAGCCCAACGUAAAGGCCGAUGUGGAAAAAUUAUGGUGGCUGUUGAAGCUCGACGCUCAACUGCUGGGGUUACCAGCGGACGAAAAGAGCGCAGGAUCAGAUUUGUCGUCGAUUCCGGCGCCACCCAGCACAUGGAUCAGGAUGAAGGACUUCUCCAGGACGUUAGAGACCUUGCCGAGCCCGUCAUUAUUGAAAUGGCUAAAUCUGGUGAGAGUUUACGUGCGAAGAAAACUGGCCAAGUUGUUUGA